AUGCCUGAGGUUUGUUUUUUGUUUUGUGUCUCUCAGUGUCCCAGCAGCACUUAUGGAAGCUACAGCUCGACCAGAGAGUAUCCCGACGACGUCAUCUUCUUCAGCAGGACUCACCCACUGCUGCAGGAACAUGUUCUGCCUCUGGGAGAGCGCCCCCUCUUGGUUAGGGUGGGCGUUCACUACAAGUUCAGCAAACUGCAGGUGGACAGAGUGGAGGCCGUGGACGGCACCUACGACGUCCUCUUCAUUGGCACAGACUCUGGAGUGGUCCUGAAGGCGAUCCACCUGCCCCGAGAGCACGGUCAAGGUCAGGAGGUCACUCUGGAGCAGCUGCAGGUCUUUCAGCACAAAUCAGCGGUGACAGCCAUGACGCUCUCAAAGAAAAAGCAGUGGUUGUUUGUUGGCUCCAGGGAGGGCGUGGCCCAGCUGGCCCUGUAUCAGUGUGAGCUCUACGGUCAGGCCUGUGCUGAAUGCUGCCUGGCCAGAGACCCGUACUGCACCUGGGACGGGCAUGCCUGCAGCCCCUACAUGCCCACCGUGCGCAGGAGGAACGCUCGUCACUUAGGGGAGGACGAAGACCCGCUAACUCAGUGUGUCAGACAAGGAGCCGGAUUGCAGGUGGAGGCGGAGCAAAGAGUGAUGAUGGUUGCCGAGGGUAACAGUACGUACCUGGAGUGUCUGCCUCGGUCCAGACACGCUGCUGUUACCUGGUACAAGCAGGCUGGAGAGAACAGUCCAGAACUGCACCAGGUGGUCACAGGUGAGCAGAUGGUGGUGAUUGAGCGCGGCGUCCUGAUUCGCCGGGCAGAGCUGUCUCACAGCGGCGUCUACCACUGCCAGGUGGAGGAGCACGGCUACCACUGGACCGCCGUCACUGUGCGGCUCGCCGUCUGGAGCCCUUUGGCCAAUCGCUUCCUCUCCUCCUGGUCUGGCUCCUCCUAUCAGGACGCAGGAAACCAACCCUGGUACCAGGACAUGAUGGCGCUGAUCCACCCAGGAAACCUCGGCCAGCACUGCAGAGUGCUGGGAUACCGCCCGCCGCGCAAUCACCGCCGCUAUGCAUACAUGGAGCAGAUCAAGCAGAGUCAGAAGGGGGAGCGGAACAAGCACGGAGGAGGAGGGGGAGGAGGCAGAGGAGGGGGAGGGAGAGUUGUGGGGAGGAAGAGCAGGAGCAAGCCCCAGCAGAGGGCGCCGAGGAGCGCCUGAAUGUGUUGCACAACGGGAGGGCGGGUUUUCACCGACUUGAACGCACGCACAUUUAUGUUACCAUAGACACACUGGGGCAUACACACACAACACACACACACACUGUAUGUACAGAGAUGCAUGCAGCCCCCCCCCCCCCCCACAAAAAAAAAAAUCCAUCUGUUUUAGUGACAGACGUUCAUACUGAACUUCAUUCACCUGAAACACACGAGGACACAGAGGACUGUAAAUAAAGACAUAGAAGACUUAAAGUCACAGCAUGUGGAAUGAAGGAUGAACCGCAUGUGCAAAACCACACGUGGCAUUUCAAAAGUAAAUGAGCAAAUUA